GACGCACCUACCUCACAGGUACGUGCAAUAGUAGCACUGAGAACACAAUAUUAUGCUAAUACAUGCAAUCACACGUGUAACAUUUCAGUGGGGAAACAGGUUACACGACAGGACAGUGACUCAGAAAUGGUACUCUGAAUCUCCUGACACUGACUUGCUGCUAAAUUGCAUCAUAUUCACCCACAGUAGCAUCAGAGUGGUCAGCAGAUAAGGCUGCGGCAUUCCUAGUAUGGAGGGUAGCUCUGAGCAAAUCAAAAAGCAGAAGCAUGGCGCCAGUCUACUGGAAAGCGUCUGUAGAAUGAGGGAAGCAGCGGAGCUUAUUGACAUUGUGCUCCUGGCUGAGGGACAGAGAUUCCCAUGUCACAGAGUGGUCCUGGCAUCCUUCAGUCCCUAUUUUAGAGCAAUGUUCACAUGUGGUUUGGUGGAAUGUAACCAGACUGAGGUGGCCCUUCAUGACAUAACAGCUGAAAGUGUCUCAAUUAUCCUUGAUUUCUUGUACAAUGCACAGCUCACUAUCACUAAUUCCACUGUCCAGGGAAUUGCUACUGCAGCCUAUUUCAUGCAGAUGGAAGAGAUAUUUUGCAUGUGCCAGAGAUACAUGAUGGAUCACAUGGACGUAUCCAACUGUUUGGGAAUUUACUACUUUGCAAAGCAAAUCAGUGCGGAAGAGUUGUCAGAAAAAUCCAAGAAAUAUCUGUAUCAGCACUUUACUGAGGUCAGCUUACAUGAUGAGAUACUGGAGGUUGAGUUGGACCAGUUGGUGGGAAUGAUUAGGUCUGAUGACCUCAAUGUCUCUCGAGAGGAAAGCAUCCUAGAUUUGGUUCUUCGUUGGGUGAACUAUGACAGGAAUGCACGGGCCCAGAAUCUAACUGAGCUUCUGAAGCAAGUGAGAUUACUGCUCGUAAACCCUACAUACCUCAGGGAGGCCAGGAAGAGGAACACAGUGCUUCUGUUCAACUCCCAAUGCUAUGACCUGAUUGAGGAGGCCUUAGAGACGAUAGAGAAGUCCAAACAGAUCUCCCCAAGCCUUCGUUAUGGGAUGGAAACAACAAACCUUCUACUCUGCAUAGGCAACAACUCUAUGGGAAUCAGGUCAAAAUAUGGAAGCUAUGGAGAUGCUAGCUUCUGCUUUGCACCAGUCACUGGAAAAACCUGUUUCAUCCCGUCACCCAAGCAAGGGGAGCUGUUGGGCGCUGUCUCAGCUGGUGUAGUAUCUGAGAACAAUGAAAUUAUCUUGGCUGGUGAAGCAACUGCAGUACGGUUAUCAAGACAAAAGGCACAAAAGGUUGAGAUUUGCAGGUAUCAUGAUCGGGGGACUCGCUGCUGGGAACAGCUGUGCAACGCAGAAUACAGAGAGCUCUAUGCUCUGGGCACCAUCAGAAAUGAUCUGUAUUUGAUAGGAGGACAAAUGAAACUAAAAAACCAAUAUGUUGUCACCAACUGUGUGGACAGGUAUUCCAUGGAGAGUGGCACCUGGAGGAGUGUGGCCCCUCUGCCUAUACAGCUGGCGUGUCAUGCUGUGGUCACACUGAACAACAAGCUGUUUGUGAUUGGCGGCUGGACACCCCAGACAGAUCACCCAGAUGAUGAACCUGACCGCUUAAGCAACCGGUUGAUACAGUAUGACCCUGUUCAAGACAAAUGGAUCCAAUUGGCACCAAUGCAAUAUUCUAAAUAUCGAUUCAGUGCGGCUGUGGUCAACAGCGAAAUCUAUGUCCUCGGUGGCAUUGGCUGUGCUGGUGUGGACAGAGGCCAGGCCAGGAGGUGCCUGGAUAACGUGGAAAUAUACAAUGCGGAUGGUGACUUCUGGAGGGAUGGCCCUGCCCUGCCCCAGCCGCUCCUCUCCCUGAGAACCAACGCUAGCUGCGCAGGAGCCGUGGAGGGCAAGCUGUACGUCUGUGGAGGGUAUCGAGGAGCAGAUCGCCAUGAGGUCAUCAUAAAAGAAAUUCUGGAGCUUGACCCUUGGGAAAACCAAUGGAACGUUGUGUAUAUGAGAGCCCCCAUGCACGAUACGUACGAUGUUUGUCUUGUAGCCAAACUCAAUCCCCGGGACCUUAUUCCUCCACCUCGCGACUUGGAGCAAAGAUGACACAAUGGAGAAAUACUCCGGUAGCAAAACGCGUUCAUAUAAUAUAUAUCAAUAUCAUAAAUAAGGCUCAUGUUAAUUACAAAAUGAUAAUGAUUUUAUGCCACAUAAUUUAGUAGUGUUUAUAAGCAAAAGCGGUUUUACCAUUGCCCACUGCCCGGUGAUGGAACUCAUCAUUAUGUAAAUCUAUCAUAACGUCUGAGGGUCAAACUUAAAUAAUAAACAAAAUAAUCUGUUUUA